UGAGGGUGCUGUCAGAUUAUCAGAGCACCUCGAGAAGUGUCAUGUUUUAUCUCCACCAGACCUCCCAAACAUUUCUCCUCCAGCCAUCCCUCUACUACCCCAGCCCAGGAGAUGACACCGACUCCAGUCCUCUGUCCCAGAGAUGCUCAAGCUCCAGUCUGCCUCACAGCCCAGGAGACGACAUCAAACAUCUGUCUCCAAGAUGCUCCUGCACCUGUCCCUUCCAGAGUAUCUGAGAUGGCAUCAGCAACUCAGAGUGGCACACCACUUCUUCCUGCCCCUGCCUCUGCUCCUCCUCCAGCAGCACCAGCACCAGCACCGGGGUUCCCAGUCCCUUUGCGCUCUCAAGAGGUUAGCCGGGCUAGGUUUUUAUCAAAGCCAUUCCUCCGGGUCAUCAAGCCAGGUGACCGGGAGUGGAUUGCCCAAAUCAUCUAUGAAGCGAGUGGGCAGCCGAGACAGGAGAUCAGCCAGAAUUGGCACCAACCCCCAAGUCCAAUCAGAUCUGUGGCACCUCCAAACCCAGAUUACUAUUUUAGGCAGAGGAUGUUCCUGUGGGCACCAAUGCGCAUGUGGAGCAUCCCUCUGAAAUGCCCUCAGUGCAAAAGAAAACUGCACCACUCUGGUAUUUACACCAAGGUCAGAGAGGUCAUUGAUGUGGAUUCAAGGUACUACUAAAUAGGGGGAGUUUACCCAAGGUGCAGCCAGUGCAAACCAUCGCAAACUUUCUGUCCUUGGAGUAGAGACAUUUUAAAGCAGCUCGACCCCUCUAACCGCAACAAAUUCCCUGCUGUGUUAACAACACAUUUGGCACUGGACCGAAAAUGCGAGACACUUUUGCGUCCCAGAACAGCAGGGAAUAGCUCCAGUUACCUGCAGCAGGCCGUUCAAGAGGCACACAGUGAGGAGUGGGCUAGGAGAUCCUGUGACUAUUUCACAGAUUGUGAAUUUCAUAGGAGAUCCUGCCUGAAACAGUCCAAGGCUGUUUAUCUCAAGCCACCAUCCUUCUGUCCCGUGCCCCUGGCCCAGUGGUUUGAGACAGUGCAUGCCAACGAUGUGUUCAGUCACCUUGAUGAGCUCAAAGGUGUCAUUACUUCAACGUUUGGCAAAAUUCUGAAGCUUGAUUCCACUAAGAAGGUCAUCAAAAAACUGGCGGGGGGAAUUGAGGGCACCGCAACAUGGAUGACCAAUGUGGGGAACGAGUAUGGUCAAGUCCUCAACUCUGUCCUCACAACCGGCGAGGGGGCUGGGCUUGAUGACCUGUGCCAAGGUAUCGUCCAACAGUACAGGGAUGCUGGUGAGCCACAGCCAGACGCCAUCUAUGUGGAUAGAGACUGUUGCAGUGACAGAGGAGUGGGCCCAGUUCUCAAGGGGUUUCGGCCAUGGACAUCCACUGUGCGGUUGGAUGUGUUCCACUUUAUGAGGCGAUUCACAAGAAGUCUCACCACGGAACACCAUCCACUGUAUGGUACCUUCUGUUCUAAAUUGUCGAGCUGCAUUUUUGAGUGGGACAUGCAGGACGUCUGUCAUCUGAAAGAGGCCAAGCGGACAAGGCUGAGGAAGAAACAUCAGGGCCAUCAGCCAACAGAUGCCCAGGUGUUGGCGAGCAUCAGCUCUAAAGAGCUAGCCGAGCACUGCCGCAGGAAAACCCGGGGAGUGGAGGAGACCCGUGCCCUCAUCAAAAGUCUUCUAGACUCAAUGUGGCAGCUUGUGGACGGCACCGGGCUGCACCUCAUCAACCACGACCACAUGUCUCGAGUGUGGGAGGUACAGCACUUUGCCUGCAUCCAGGAUCCACCAGGAGUGCAGCUUUAUACCAACAUUUGGUAAGGGCUGGAGAAAGGAGACAAAACGUUGGAUGUCCUAAGAUGCGGCAGAGGGUCCUCCUCUCUGGAAAGCUUCCAUAAGCACC